GCUGGGAAUCAUAUUCUGCGUUUCUUGGCGACUAGACUUGUUUGUAAGAGACACCCUUGUUUCUCUCACCAUGUCUGACUUUUUUCUGUGAAUUUUCACGGCAGUCGGCAGCUGCCCGGAAUGUGCAGAAGCGGCCGGAAUUUGCUCAAUUUUCAUGGCGAUUUCCCAGCGGCGGCGACCGGAAUAGUGAGAAUGGAGUUCUCGCCCCAGUUUGGAGCUUGGGUUCUUUUUAAGGAAGACCUCUGCCACCAUUUGUAGUCUGCUUUUUAUUUUUGGAAUAAAGUAAUAAACAGUUUCAGCCAAACUAUGUGAUAGAUAGUAAAGGAAUUUGAGCCCUUGAACAUAAUAGAAUCAAAGACAAUCUAACAGAUAUAUAGUUACAAUGGCCACUGAAAAUCCUAUGAGAUUGAUUAGUGGUGGAGAUGGAGCGAGGAACUGGUCUACAAGGAGUGAGAAUUUAAGGUUUGCAUCAUUUGGUGAUGGAGCAGAGGAGGAAUUAGGUUCGUUACUGAAAGGGCAGAAGUUUGGUAACAACAGACAAGUGAUUCCAAAUCGAAGUGGAAGUGCACCGCCGACUGUUGAGGGAUCACUGACAUCCUUAGGGGGCCUUUUUCCUCAUCAAAACUCAAGCUUUGAAUCAAAUUGGGAUGGAGUUGGUGAUGCUGUUGAAAACUUGCAGUUGGAAGAUAAACUUCGAGGAGAUCCAGGAUACUUAGCCUAUCAUUAUUCGCAUAACUUAAAUCCAAGACUUCCAAGGGGAGAGAAUCGCCGUUUAGCACAUAAUCUAGGUGCUUUAGGUAACAAACAGAAGUUGAGAUCUUUUGAUGACAGUAACAGCAGGUCAUUGUUCUCAUCUCGACCUGUUCUUCCCACACAUAAAGAGGAACCUGAGGAGGAAAGGUAUCCUGGUGUUAAUCCCAGGCAAUUCUCCACUGAGUGGUUGGAAAUGGGUUCUGAUUAUUUUUCUGGUACAUCUUCAUCAUUGUUGGGAGGCCGCCCUAAAAGCUUAGUAGAUUUGAUUCAGGAGGACUUUCCUCGAACGCCCUCCCCUGUAUAUACACUUUCUCGUUCCUCCAGUCGUGCAGCAAAUGAUGAAGGAAUUGAUGCUAAUUCUUCUCUGGAAGCUCUUAUGUAUAUUAGAGAAUCUGCCAUGUCUUCUGUUAAGGGGUCUGAACUCUCAUCUACACGUCCGGGGUCCCGUUCAGCAACACCUACUCCUAGUGGAAUACACAUCCUCAGCGUUGGUUCAACUAGUGAUUCUCAUCCUGCUGCUCCAGUUGCAAGAAUUCCAUCCCCAGAUUCACCAAUGGGAAGCACAAAGUCUGGCAGCCAAGGAGAAGCUUUGAUAGAUGAGAUUGCAGGUUUAACAGGUGGUUCUAUUGUUGGUAACUCAGAGUUAAAAAAUACAAUGUUUAGUGCUGCGAGCACAUCUGAGGUAUCAAACCUUGCGGAGACAUUACAAGGCUUCAAUAUUGCUGAUGUGCAUAAUGUAGAAGACAAUUCUCAGAAAAAACAGCAGCAAUUGCAACAGGAGCAUGAUGAGGAUCAGCCUCAUCAUUAUAAUUUGGCACAAGAACAAUAUCAGCGUCAGCAGCGGGUUCUUCACGUUCCUUUGGUUCAAGGCCAAGUUCAAUCCCAGGCUUCAACACAAGUUCAUCAACAACAUCAACAUCAUUCUGGCAUUGAUCAUGCUGUGCGGAAUCAAUCUAAAUUUGGUGCACCAAAUAUGAUGCAAGGUUCAGCUGUGGGGCUUCAACCAACAUUUCAACCAAGUACACCACCUGCAGCGCAUCUGUAUCCAGCUGCUUAUUUGGCCUCUGGAAAUCCAUAUUACCAAAAUGUACAAUCUGCUUUCUAUGCUCCACAGUAUGGCAUAAGUGGUUACCCAAUGAAUGCCACCGUUUUUCCUUCAAUGAUUUCGGGAUAUCCUCAUGGUUCUAUGCCAAUGGCAUUCGAUAAUACAGCUGCCGCUGUUGCUGCAAGCAUGAAUGCACGGGCAGCUGCCACAGCUUCGCCUGGUGGAGGGAUGGGGAUUGGUGUAGAUAUGCAGCAACUUUAUAAAUUCAAUGGCCAACUUGGAGCAACAUUGCAACCAUCCUUUACAGACCCUACAUACCUACAGUAUAUGCAGCGAUCAUCCGAGGAUGCAUACAAUUCUUCAAUGCUUGGUGAUUCUUUAGCAGGGAGAGGAUUCAUUGGUGGAAGUCAGAUGGAUGCCCUCGAGCUACACAAAGCCUCAAUACUUGGCUUUGCUAAUGAACAUAAAUCUCAGUUCACAAGAAAUGGAGCAUUGGGUGUACCAAUUGCUGGUAGGAGUGGUUCUGUAAGUCCUGCUUAUUAUGGGAGUCCUCCUAAUCUGGGCUUUUUAAUGCAAUAUCCUAGUUCACCAUCAGCAAGUCCAGUACUUCCAGGAUCUCCAGUAAUAGCAGCAAGCCUUCUGGCAAGACCAAAUGAGAGGAACCUUCGCCUUCCACUAGGAGCAAAUAGGGUAGCAACAAUGGGAGCUUAUUCUGGAUGGCAGUCACAAAGGGGAAAUGAAAAAUUAGAUGACGUCAAAUGCUCUUCAUUUCUUGAGGAACUAAAGAAUAACAAAACUCACAGAUUUGAGUUAUCAGAUAUUGCUGGACACAUUGUUGAGUUCAGUGCUGAUCAACAAGGAAGCCGGUUCAUACAGCAAAAACUAGAAACUAGCAACUCUGAAGAGAAAGCAUUAGUUUUCCAAGAGGUGUUGCCACAAGCAUCUACACUGAUGACAGAUGUGUUUGGUAACUAUGUCAUACAAAAGUUUUUUGAGCAUGGUACAGAUCAACAAAGACAGGAGCUUGCGAAUCAGCUUGUUGGUCAUGUCCUGACUUUAAGUCUUCAAAUGUAUGGUUGUCGCGUAGUACAGAAGGCACUCGAAGUAGUUGAUGUAGAUAUGCAGACGCAGCUUGUUUCAGAACUUGAUGGAAAUGUCAUGCGAUGUGUGCGAGAUCAGAAUGGAAACCAUGUCAUACAAAAAUGUAUUGAAAGUGUGCCUACAGACAGAAUACAAUUUAUUAUUUCCUCAUUUUAUGGUCAAGUUGUAAAUCUUUCUAUGCAUCCCUAUGGUUGCCGUGUUAUACAGAGGGUCUUAGAACACUGUACAGAGGAGCAAAAAGAUCACGGGAUAAUGGAAGAGAUUUUGCAAGCUGCUUGUAGCCUUGCUCAAGAUCAAUAUGGAAAUUAUGUGGCACAGCAUGUAUUGGAACAUGGGAAGCCACAUGAAAGAAGUGAAGUCAUCAACAAAUUGGCAGGUCAAUUUGUACAAAUGAGUCAGCAUAAAUUUGCAUCCAAUGUUGUUGAGAAGUGCUUGGAGUAUGGAAACCCAACAGAACGCCAAAUGUUGAUUGAUGAAAUGCUUGGUCAGACAGAGGAAAAUGACAAUUUACAGACGAUGAUGAAGGAUCAGUAUGCAAACUAUGUAGUUCAGAAGGUUCUUGAAACUUGUGAUGAUGUACAAAGAGAAAAGCUGCUUGCUCGCAUCAGACUUCACCUACAUGCAUUGAAAAAGUACACAUAUGGGAAACAUAUAGUUGCUCGAGUUGAAAAACUUCUUGCUGUUGGAGAAAAAUGGAGUUCUCAGACAUGAAUUUCAACUUGAAAUUGGUAAUGGAACAGCAGAUAUUUUCAAGCUGGCCGCAACAAUAUGUAUAUUUCUUUCUUAAUUUAUACAGGAUCUUUCAUUUGAAUUGUCUAAUAAGGGGGGCAUUUGUGACAAAGCAUAAGGAGUCUUUGGCAAAUAUAUAUGUUUGCUUGUACCAAAAUGUGUAUCAUUUGUGGACAGUGUUUUAUGUAUAACCAUUGGUUAGUAAGUAAUCAAAAGAUUUUAGCAUUCUUUAGAGUUUAGUUUACUCCAUUUGGUGUGGAGUAAAUAAUAGUUUGUUCCAAGGAGUAGAGCUCUGGAAUUCAAAGAUAAGAUGGUUUCAUAUUUCUCUGUAAAUAAUUAGUUUAGUUCGCAACUGUACAGUGUCAAGAAAAAAAGUAGAUUGUUAGGACAUGUUCUAAUUAUAUGUCACAGUGGCCUCUUUCAGUUUUUCGCAUCUUGUAUUCCCCUGCAAUAGCUGAAGGUUAAAUUAGGGUCCAUAUCAAAUGGCUGGAUCACUGAACAGUGCUAAUACUGCAAGAUGACAGUAGGUGCAUUGUAACCAAUUUUAUACAUUUUUGGUUUAUUAGGAUCAAAGAUUGUUGGCCAUGUAAUUUUUUGUGUGUUGUAAAUGGGAUUGAACGGCACUGUGGAUUUGAUAUUAUUGUCUCAGGAAAAGUGCUAUGUAAUACAUAAAUUUUGUUGCUAUUAGAGCAUUGGUGUUA